AUGGGAAAUCUACACUCCAACAUCACUGAGCGCAUUCAAAGGACCCGAUUUUUCGAGAAGAAAUGGUUCGAUGGAAUUGUAACACGCUUCCGGAAGCUUCGCAAUGAGAUCGUCGCCAAAAUCUGGGCCUGCUUUGCGGUUUUCCGGUUUGAAGAGGUCAGAUAUCAGCACGUGGGUCUAGGAGCCAGACAGACUAUCAUGAGGGCACCACCGAAUCAUACCAUCAAGGCAUUCAGAGGAGAGUAUCAGAAUCCGAUGUCGUUCUGGAUGUAUCAGGAACGGAUUCGUGAGAAUAAUCGAAAUGAAUUGAAGAUCUUGUUUUUUGUGGGCUUGGUUAAUGUUUUCUGGAUCUUUCUGUGUCUUUUUUAUUUUCUUAUGUGA